GAGCGGCUCGCCCAGCCCAGCAGCCAGUGCCUGCGAGCUCCGCGGCUGCUUGGGGAAUUCACUUUGCUGCUUUUCGCUUCUCCCUUCCUCAGGCUUCUUCUGAUGGCUUUCUGCCUCCGGCCCGAGUCUUUCCUUUAAAAGGAAAACUUUACCGCGAUACCCUUUUCCCCUUGGAGGAGAGGAUUAAAAGUUCCCAGAACUGGUGCCGCCCGUGCGGUUGGGGCGCUGGGAAGGUGCUCGGCGGCGGGGUUCCGGGUUCCACCAUGUGCACCAACAUAGUUUACGAGUGGCUCAAAGCGCUGCAGCUUCCGCAGUACGCGGAGUCCUUCGUGGAUAACGGCUACGAUGACCUGGAAGUGUGCAAGCAGAUCGGGGACCCGGACCUGGACGCCAUCGGGGUCCUGGCGCCCGCGCACCGCCGCCGCAUCCUAGAGGCCGUUCGCCGGCUGCGGGAGCAGGACGCCAACGCCGCCGGCCUCUACUUCACGCUCGAACCGCAGCCGCAGCCGGCGCCCCUCCGGCCGCCCGCCGACGCUGUUCCCACCAGCCGCCGGAGGGAGCCGUGCAGCGGCCUGGCCCAGGGCACCCGCGGGGACUUCCGCGGCCACACGACGGCCCCCCGCAGCAGGGAGCUGGUGAGCUACCCCAAACUGAAGCUGAAGAUCAUGAUCAGGGAUAAGCUCGUCCGUGACGGCAUCCACCUGAGCAAGCCCCCGUACUCCCGCAAGGACGGUUCACUGGGAAACAUCGAUGACCUGGCGCAGCAGUAUGCAGAUUAUUACAACACCUGUUUCUCUGACGUGUGCGAGAGGAUGGAGGAGCUGCGGAAACGGCGGGUUUCCCAAGACCUGGAAGUGGAGAAACCCGAUGCCAGCCCCACGUCACUUCAGCUGCGGUCCCAGAUCGAAGAAUCACUCGGCUUCUGUAGCGCCGUGUCAACACCAGAAGUGGAAAGAAAGAACCCUCUUCAUAAAUCAAACUCAGAAGACGGCUCUGUAGGAAAAGGAGACUGGAAGAAGAAAAACAAGUAUUUCUGGCAGAACUUCCGAAAGAACCAGAAAGGAAUAAUGAGACAGACUUCAAAAGGAGAAGAUGUUGGUUACGUUGCCAGUGAAAUAACGAUGAGCGAUGAGGAGCGGAUUCAGCUAAUGAUGAUGGUCAAAGAAAAGAUGAUCACUAUUGAGGAAGCACUUGCUAGGCUGAAGGAAUAUGAGGCCCAGCACCGGCAGUCGGCUGCUCUGGACCCUGCCGACUGGCCAGAUGGUUCUUACCCAACAUUUGAUGGCUCAUCAAACUGCAAUUCAAGAGAACAAUCGGAUGAUGAGACCGAGGAGUCGGUGAAGUUUAAGAGGUUACACAAGCUGGUAAACUCCACUCGCAGAGUCAGAAAGAAACUAAUUAGGGUGGAAGAAAUGAAAAAGCCCAGCACUGAAGGUGGGGAGGAGCACGUGUUCGAGAAUUCGCCAGUCCUGGAUGAACGGUCUGCCCUCUACUCUGGCGUGCACAAGAAGCCCUUUUUCUUUGACGGCUCUGCUGAGAAACCUCCCGAAGAUGACUCGGACUCUCUCACCACGUCUCCAUCGUCCAGCAGCCUGGACACCUGGGGCGCUGGCCGGAAGUUGGUCAAAACCUUCAGCAAGGGAGAGAGUCGGGGCCUGAUUAAGCCCCCCAAGAAGAUGGGGACGUUCUUCUCCUACCCAGAAGAAGAAAAGGCCCAGAAAGUGUCCCGCUCGCUCACCGAGGGGGAGAUGAAGAAGGGUCUCGGGUCCCUGAGCCACGGGGUAAGUACGGAUGGUGUUUGCUUCUAUGACAACCGCCGGCGCAGGCACCACCUGCUGGUGUCCCUGGAGGAGUUUCAGAGUGUGCGGAAGCAAAUCCGCUUGAAGAAAACGGAUACUAAUUAUUCCUGUUCCAGAGCUUUUCUCUGCCAGCGUCCCUCCAGAAAAGGCGUCGCCAGCACCACCUGUGACCUGCAGCUGCUCCGGCAGAAAGGCAAAGGGGGCGGGAGCUGCGGCUUCCCCGGCAGGAGGGUGCGCGGGCGCACCUCGGUCAGCGAGUUCAAUAUCACCUAUGUGGUGGAGCGGAGCCUGUACAGCCACCUGAACCUGACCCAGCUAGUGCGGCCUGCCUCAGACAGGACCCUGAGCAAGGCUGAGAGACAGGACCUGAGGCGGUGCCUGCUGGAGGAGGAUGAGGAGGCAAAGAGGAAGUGGGCCGCCACGGUCGACCGCUGUACUAAAAGGGUUCUCUUGAGAAUCCACCAGAAGUCUAGAACCUGCAGUUUUGGAGGAUUUGACUUGACGAAUCGCUCUCUGCACAUUGGCAGUAAUAACUCUGACCCAAUGGGUAAAGAAGGAGACUUUGUGUACAAAGAAGUCAUCAAAUCACCUACUGCCUCUCGCAUCUCUCUUGGGAAAAAAGUGAAAUCAGUGAAAGAGACAAUGAGAAAGAGGAUGUCUAAAAAGUACAGCAGCUCUAUCUCUGAGCAGGACUCAGGCCUUGACGGAAUGCCUAGCUCCCCUCCGCCUUCGCAGACUGACCCAGAACACAUGGAGAAGCCCAAGCUCAAGGCUGGAGGUUCUGUAGAAAGUCUUCGGAGUUCUCUGAGCGGGCAGAGCUCCAUGAGUGGUCAAACAGUGAGCACCACCGAUUCCUCAACCAGCAACCGGGAAAGCGUCAAGUCGGAAGAUGGGGAUGACGAAGAGCCGCCUUACCGAGGCCCGUUCUGCGGGCGUGCCAGGGUGCACACCGACUUCACCCCCAGUCCCUAUGACACAGACUCGCUCAAGCUCAAGAAAGGCGAUAUCAUUGAUAUAAUCAGCAAGCCGCCCAUGGGGACCUGGAUGGGCCUGCUGAACAACAAAGUCGGCACGUUCAAGUUCAUCUACGUGGACGUGCUCAGUGAGGAUGAGGAGAAACCCAAGCGCCCCACCAGGAGGCGGCGGAAAGGAAGACCACCCCAGCCCAAGUCUGUGGAGGAUCUCCUGGAUCGGAUUAACCUGAAAGAGCACAUGCCCACUUUCCUGUUCAAUGGAUAUGAAGAUUUGGACACUUUUAAGCUGCUGGAGGAGGAAGACUUGGAUGAGUUAAAUAUCAGGGACCCGGAACACAGAGCUGUUCUCUUGACAGCGGUGGAGCUGUUACAGGAAUAUGACAGUAACAGCGACCAGUCAGGAUCCCAGGAGAAGCUGCUCGUUGACAGCCAGGGCCUGAGUGGAUGCUCCCCCCGAGACUCAGGAUGCUACGAAAGCAGUGAGAAUCUGGAAAACGGCAAGACUCGGAAAGCGAGCCUCCUAUCUGCCAAGUCAUCCACCGAGCCCAACUUAAAGUCUUUCAGCAGAAACCAGUUGGGCAACUAUCCAACGUUGCCUUUAAUGAAGUCUGGGGAUGCACUGAAGCAGGGACAGGAGGAGGGCAGGCUGGGUGGUGGCGUCGCCCCAGAUACAUCCAAGAGCUGUGACCCACCUGGGGUGACUGGUUUGAAUAAAAACCGAAGAAGCCUCCCAGUUUCCAUCUGCAGGAGCUGUGAGACCCUGGAGGGCCCCCAGACUGUGGACACCUGGCCCCGAUCCCAUUCCCUGGAUGACCUUCAAGCAGAGCCUGGCGCUGAGCAAGACAUGCCUACCGAGGUGACAGAACCGCCCCCUCAGAUUGUACCCGAAGUGCCACAGAAGACGAGCGCCCCUACCACAAAGGCCCAGCCCCCAGAGCGAGACUCUGCCGCUGACAAUGCAUUGCUACUGACCCAAAGCAAGAGAUUUUCCGAACCUCAGAAAUUGACAACUAAGAAACUGGAGGGCUCAAUCACAGACUCUGCUCAUGGCCCGUCACCCCCUCAGUGUUUGCCCAGAAACUAUGACGCUCAGCCCCCCGGAGCUAAACAUGGUGUAGCAAGGACACCUCUGGAGGGCCACAAAAAAGGACAUGAGUUUGAAGGAACACACCAUCCCCUGGGCACCAAAGAAGGGGUUGAUGCUGAGCAGAGGGUCCCUGAGAUAAGAACACAGCCAAAAAUUCCAUCACAGCCUCCACCUGUUCCUGUUAAAAAGAGCAGAGAACGCCUCGCUAACGGACUCCACCCUGUCCCCGUGGGCCCUGGUGGGACCCACCCCAGUCCCGAUGCACCAUGCCUGCCUGUGAAAAGGGGCAGCCCUGCCAGCCCCACCAGCCCCAGCAACUGUCCCCCAGCACUGGCUCCCAGGCCUCUCUCAGGGCAGGCGCCUGGCAGCCCACCAAGCACAAGGCCGCCCCCCUGGCUCUCAGAGCUCCCUGAGAACACGAGCCUCCAGGAGCAUGGUGUAAAGCUGGGCCCGGCUUUGACCAGGAAGGUCUCCUGCGCCCGGGGAGUGGAUCUGGAAAUGCUCACCGAAAACAAGCUGCACGCCGAAGGCAUCGAUCUCACGGAGGAGCCCUAUUCUGAUAAGCAUGGCCGCUGUGGGAUUCCUGAAGCCCUGGUGCAGAGAUACGCAGAGGACUUGGAUCAGCCCGAGAGGGACGUCGCCACCAACAUGGACCAAAUCCGGGUGAAGCAGCUUCGGAAGCAGCACCGAAUGGCGAUUCCAAGCGGUGGUCUCACGGAAAUCUGCCGGAAGCCUGUCUCUCCCGGAUGCAUUUCGUCUGUGUCGGAUUGGCUCAUUUCCAUCGGCCUGCCCAUGUACGCCAGCACCCUCUCCACCGCGGGCUUCAGCUCCCUGAGCCAAGUGCCUUCUCUGUCCCACACUUGCCUUCAGGAGGCCGGCAUCACAGAGGAGAGACACAUAAGAAAGCUCCUAUCUGCAGCCAGACUCUUCAAACUGCCGCCAGGCCCCGAGGCCAUGUAGCCAGGCCCUGGAUGGGCCUCUCUGGACCAGAGCCACCCUUUCACUGUGCAGAUGAUGCUGAUGCAAUUCCUCCAUCUCUGGACAUGCAGACCAGAUCCAGAAGAAAGGCCUGGCAUGUGGCCCAACAGCGCGAAAACUUGGCACAGGACUGAGGCGCCUCUCCUCCAGAAAAGCCCCCUCCAGGAAAUAAGUGCGGUUCUCUUUGACCUCCAAAGACAGGACAAGCACUUAUUGUUAUUUUCGGAAGAUGAGAGAACCGAGAUACCAACUGGCUGCGAAUGCUCUGGCUCCAGUCUGUCUCUCUGUACUGGUGGAGGCUGGGAGGUGUGGGGGGGCAGCCUGUUCCAUCUCUGGUAGUGCCCUUGCCCUUCUCUCUGUCACCCUGCAGGAUGCCCGAGGGCCAGACGGGCUCAGCUAGGCCAAAGGAAUAGACUCAAGAGUUACUGUACAUUGUUGACCACGCUCAUUUGUUCAAAAGUUAGAACAUCUGGCUGCACCAGAAAAAAAAAGUCCUAUUCUUCUUUAGAUAAACAAGAGACAUUUUAAUAAUUGCUUUCUAGCAAUCAGCUUUUAUUUGCCUUAAUAUAAGCUUUGAAGCAGUUAUCUAACUAGUGUCCACAAUCCUAUAACCAUAGUUCCACAUCUUCAGCCUAGGCUCCCAUGUAACCGCUCUGGGAGAUUUUCAGCAAAACUGGGCUUCUCUAACCAUCUCAUUGUAACAUGGCUUAUUUGGUAUAGGUAUUCAUCAGCCACACACUUCAUGUUGGUUUUGGGUUUUAAGCUAACUACAAAUGUACUAAAAAGCUAUCUGAAAUUCACAAAGAUAUUGUGUGUGUGUGCGCGCGUGUGCGUGUGUGCGUCUGUAUUCAUAGUAACUGCUUUUUGUUUUAACCAGUUUAGUAUUGUUACUGUGUGGGUCAUUGUGCUGCAGCACUGACUUGGAAUCCUGACCAUGUCCAUCCCGAAAUUCAACCCUCAGUUAACAGAUCAUCUUUGUAAAAGGUCACUGUGAGGUUGCAUAUUUCAGAAAGAUGUUCUUAAAAAGGGAGUCAUUUAGAAGAUGUUUUCUAAAAGUCUUUUCAGUAUUGCAACUAAUACUAUUAUCCUUUUUAAAUUUAGUUCAUUCUUUUAAUUUAAACAAAGGUUCAAUAUUGGAGUCAGACGAACCACAUUAGCCAUGUGUUAAGUGCUUGCAUACUUUAAAUUGUUUUACAACUGAUUCCAGCACAUUCUAUCUUUUUUGAGAUGGAGUUUUGCUCUUGUGACCCAGGCUGGAGUGCAGUGGUGCGAUCUUGGCUUACUGCAACCUCCGCCUCCCGGAUUCAAAUGAUUCACCUGCCUCAGCCUCCUGAGUAGCUAGAAUUACAGGCAUCCACCACACACCCGGCUAAUUUUUGUAUUAUUAGUAGAGAUGGGGUUUCACCAUGUUGGCCAAGCUGAUCUCAAACUCCUGACCUCAGGUGGUCCACCCGCCUCAGCCUCCCGAGGUGCUGGGAUUAUAGGCACGAGCCCCAAGCCCGGCCUCUAUCCUCUGUUAGCCUAGUGUCUGCCUUUCUAGCAAACAGCAAAUUUAAACAAGUAAACUAUUUAGGUUUCUAUUGCUUACAAAAUGAUUUUCCUUUACAUCCUUAUGAACACUAAGCAUCAAAUGCAAUCAAUCAUUUAUAAUAUAAACACCUUGACCACAGGCCCUUGAUUAAAAGUUUUGUAAUAUUUCAUCUGCUUAUUAAAACAGAUUAUUUCCCUUGGGUUGGAGGGGAAGUGAUUUCAUAAACUACAAAGCCAUCUUUAGCAUAUUGCUUAGGUCUGGAUCCAUGUUUCUGAGGAAAAAGACAUUCUCAGGUGAUGUAUUUUUUUCAUGAAUUAGUAUGCAUUUUUUUUUUAAAAGAAAUGUGUGUUUCUUUAAUAAUUUUCAUCCUCUGUAAGAUGCCACGUGAAGAAGUUGUGGAAACGUAGAAUGAAAAGCUAAAGCUGCCAGAUUUCUACUGAACUCUUAAAAACAGCUCAUAUUCGUCUUCUCGGAUUGUGGCCUAGCUUAUUUGCAAUGUAACGAAGCUGCAGGGUUCUCGUAUUGCUAAAGUGUUCAGUGCGUUUCACGUGCUGUGGUGGAGGUGGGUGCUGUAGACAGGCUUCUCUUCCUGCUUCCAGAAUACCUCGGCUUGACAUUCGAACAGAUCCUGUCAUUGUUUAAGCUGAGCAAAAAAACCACACACAAAAGUCGUGUAAGAGGUAACAAAGGAGAGGAAGAAAUCUCAUUUCCAAGUUUUACUUCAUUCCCAGUGAAGGAUUUUCGUGUAAGUGAAAGUCGCAGCAGAAGAGGGAACUUUCUGGAGAUUUUGAGAAUGCCAAACCAUAUUUUUAUCACCCUUUUUUGGAAAUCAAUGCCUUUGCAUAGAAAAUCAAAUUCAGGGACCACAAAGAUUUUUCAGUGGGAAUGUCUAGUCUGAGGGGUCUGAGGUUGUUUUUACUUUGUUGUGUUGUUUUAAAUAUUUUUAAAAAUAUCUUUAGUGUUUGGUCUUUUUUUUUUUUUCUUUAAACGUUUAAUUUGGUCUGAGAAAAGCUGAAUGUUUGGGUGUGGCGUUUGACUGAGGUGGUCUGGGACUGCCUGUGGACGUCAGUGAACAGGUGGUAGGCUUCAGCAAUACCCAGUUUUAAUCAGUUGCAUUUGGUACAGAAUUUUGAGUAAUGGUGAAAAUUGUUGUCUUUGGAAAGCACAAAAGAAACCUGGAAAGGCAGUUCGGCUCAGGUAGCUACACAUAACAUUGUGUAUCAUUUUCACUUCAAAGCUGUCUGGAAUGAAAUGCAGUCAGCUUCAACUAGUACAAUUUACGUACCCAGAUAACCAAGAUAUUGUUUCAUGGCCUUGCCUUAGUCAGAGGCCCUUUUCUCUGUCCUGACACCCCACCUCCGCCCGUAUGGGUAAAAUUGGAAAUUACUAACCUAUUGGAAACCAGUUCCUGACAUAGUCAAGUUUGCUUUCAUAACUGCGGCAAAACAAAUCAACUCACCAAGUCACUGCUGCCAUGCGUGUACUGUAUUAUUUUCAGAAAAAAAUAUAAUAGUCCGAGUCCAAGUUAUCUUGAUCUAAAAUUGAUAGAGAAAAGAAACUGUCGAGCAAGUUAUAUAACAACUAACAACAUUGCACUUUCUGUAUAUGAAAUCAAUAUUUAAAUAACUUAUUUUUCUCCAUUGCUGUUCUUAAAAACAUUGUAAGUAGCUGUAAUAUACCAGUACCAAUAUGUUCUUGCAAUUGCUUCAGCCCAAGAAAGCUGUGUAUUGUUUUAAAAAUUGUAAAAAUUAUUGUGAUGAUUCAUUUAGCAUAAAGAGAGGUGGACAGAAGGGUUUUCCUAUGUAUCAAAACUUGUCUAUAAUUAUGUCAUCUAUGUACCUAGAAAACAAGUAAAUAAAUUUCUUCACUUGAAUAUG